ACUUUUCAUGCAGAAAGAAUGUCAAAAAAGAGUUGUUUGCCUGACUCCUUCUUUCAUCAUCAAUAUUGAUGAUGAUACGAUAUCCGAUCAUUCCAGGAUCUUGUCAAAAGCUCCAGUCAAUUCUAGUACGGACGACUUCUUCCAAAUUUAUCAAGCCGAGAGCCGUUCAUCCGAUCAAGUUAACAUCAUUCCACACGUCGUCAUGUUCAUUCUCCCAAGGAUUGGCCAAAGAUGAUUUAUUUUCCCAACCAACGGCCAAAGAUGUUGGACCUUCCAUAUUGGCAACCUAUUCAGCACCACUGAGCAAAACUUUUGUCCGAUUAAAAAUCUUUUCCCUAAGUUCGUUGGCAGCAGCAAUUACAUUGACACCGGCUCUUUUGCUUGCUCCUGCUGAGAUUGGUUGGUCAGGUCGAAUUGGACUUUGCAUAACAGCAUUGGCUACAAGCGGUGCAAGUACAGCAAUAUUUGCUUGGAUAGGCAAACCGUACGUUGGAUCAAUGCGACUUCUAUCACCGAGUAUUGCAAAUCAAUCCUUACAGAAAGACUGCAAAGAGAUGAUUGGCAAAACGAGCAAUCAAACAUCUUUAUUGAACGGCAUAGAUCUGUCCAUUUCCAAACCUGCCUUACAAACGAUAACAAUCGAUUGGCGAUUGCGCAAAUUGCAAACCACAAUUUAUGAGCCUGAUCUUAUCCGACCAACAUCUAGACCUUUGGCCACGUGGGAAUUGGCGAGUAAAGCACCGAUUCCACAAGAUAUAGAUGAGAAUUGUCCAUUUCCGAUUACAAGACUUGUCGCUUCUACUCGGAUGGAAAAGAAUGAUGAAUUAGUUGGCAGAUAUUGGGCAACUUGGCAAGCACCCAAACUUGCCGGAGAUUGUACGCAAGAAGGAAACAUCAUCCGUCAUUAUAGCAUUCACGAAGAACUUCUAGGUGAUGAUUGGAGAGUUUUGUGAUAUUGUGUAUUUUCCGAAAGGAGGGUGUCAUAUUUGUACAGAAGUAAUGAAAUACCUCAACAACAUC